CUUUGUCCUCCGGCUCCAACAGUCGCGGGUGCUGCAGAGACGGGGAAGGAUUUUCGGACGGACCCAACAUGGCCGCCGCCUGGAGAUCUUAAAAACAAUCAUAAAUCGAUGUAUUCAGAUAAGCAGAUGCAGCAAAACAGAGGACGGAGACACAGAACCUGCCCCACAAAAAGUGUUGACCGCAAACUAAUACCACCCCCAAACUCUGCAGGACAGGAUCGUAUGAAACUACCUUAUGCUACCACCGAUUUAACAAGUUUUCCUUUCUCCAUUUGACACGCACAUCAAAGAAAGCCCCACCAUGCCAACUGUGGUGGUGAUGGACGUGUCCCUGUCCAUGACUCGGCCAGUCUCUGUCGAGGGUUCUGAGGAGUAUCAGCGAAAACAUCUCGCCGCCCAUGGCCUGACCAUGUUGUUUGAACAUAUGGCUACCAACUACAAACUGGAAUUCACCGCUUUAGUUGUGUUUUCAUCCCUCUGGGAGCUGAUGGUUCCCUUCACAAGAGACUAUAACACACUCCAGGAAGCCCUGAGCAAUAUGGAUGAUUACGACAAGACCUGCUUGGAAGGAGCCCUGGUUGGGGUUUGCAGCAUUGUGCAACAGGAGUGGGGGGCGGCUAUUCCCUGCCAGGUUGUUCUUGUCACUGACGGCAGUUUGGGCAUCGGCAAGGGAUCUCUCCGCCACUCCUUAGCGACUGUCAACCAGCGGAAAGAGAACCGAUUCCCCCUUCCUUUCCCUUUUCCAUCCAAGCUGUAUGUCAUGUGCAUGGCCAACCUGGAGGAGCUGCAGAGCUCAGAUUCUUUAGAUUGCCUUGAACGCCUGAUAGACCUAAACAAUGGAGAAGGACAGAUCUUUACGAUUGACGGACCUCUUUGCUUGAAGAAUGUGCAAUCCAUGUUUGGCAAGCUGAUCGACGUGGCUUAUACACCAUUCCACGCGGUUCUGAAAUGUGGCCAUUUGUCUUCGGACGUGCAAGCGUUUCCAAGGCCAGAGCCUUUUGUGAUCGACGAAGAAAUAGAUCCAAUCCCCAAAACAAUUAACACAGAUUUGGAGAUAGUUGGAUUUAUAGACAUAGCUGAUAUUUCCAGUCCCCCCGUCUUAUCUAGGCACUUGGUAUUGCCCAUUGCCCUCAACAAAGAAGGAGAUGAAAUGGGCCCAGGGCUUGCCGACGAUGCAGAAGACGAGAAUUCGGCAAAUCAGAUCGCGGGCAAGAUCCCCAACUUCUGUGUGUUGUUGCACGGGAGCCUGAAGGUGGAGGGCAUGGUGGCCAUUGUCCAGUUAGGGCCGGAAUGGUACGGGAUGCUGUAUUCCCAAGCCGACAGCAAGAAGAAAUCAAACCUGAUGAUGUCCCUCUUUGAGCCGGGUCCAGAACCACUCCCUUGGCUGGGGAAGAUGGCCCAGCUUGGCCCCAUCUCAGAUGCUAAAGAAAACCCCUACGGGGAAGACGACAACAAGAGCCCCUUUCCUUUGCAACCCAAGAACAAGCGCAGUUACGCACAGAAUGUCACAGUGUGGAUUAAACCCAACGGCCUGCAGACAGACGUACAAAAGAUCCUCAGGAAUGCUCGAAAACUCCCUGAAAAGACACAGACCUUCUACAAGGAACUGAACCGCUUACGGAAGGCUGCCUUGGCGUUUGGGUUUUUGGAUCUUCUGAAAGGCGUGGCAGACAUCCUCGAAAGAGAGUGCACCCUCCUGCCGGACACGGCCCACCCAGACGCUGCUUUCCAGCUGACCCACGCGGCCCAGCAACUGAAAAUGGCCAGUAGCGGCACCUCCGACUACGCGACUUUCGACCACAACAUCACGCCGCUGCAGACUGACUUUUCCAGCAGUGGGACAGAACGGCCGUGAGGGGCAAAUGCUCCGUCCAGCCCCCUAACCAUGUCGGGGGUCUCUUCCCCUUGUUCCCAUCCCUCAACAAUGAGGAUAGGCUUCACUUUUAUUAUUAAAUGUUUUGUUUGUA